UAGAUCAAAACAAAUUAUUCGAAUAUUUAAUAUUUUCUGAGUUUUUGUGAAUAAUUUAAAAAAAAAAACUCUUUUUUUAUUUGCAGGUGCUUGCUGCACUGAGCGUAUCAAUGGGUUCAUUGGUUGUUGGUUUCUCUUCCGCCUACACCUCUCCAGCGUUGGUAUCAAUGACUGACAGAAAUUAUACGGACUUCGAAGUAACACCACAAGCGGCCUCCUGGGUUGGCGGUCUAAUGCCCCUGGCUGGUGGCGUUGCUGGCGGACCAUUUAUUGAGUAUAUGGGACGUCGUAAUACAAUUCUUGCUACCGCCGUGCCCUUCAUUAUCUCUUGGCUGCUCAUCGCUUGUACUGUUAAUAUUGCCAUGGUGCUAGCUGGACGUACGCUUGCUGGUUUCUGUGUGGGCAUUGCUUAACUCUCGUUGCCCGUGUAUUUAGGCGAGACAGUACAACCGGAAGUACGUGGCUCAUUGGGUCUACUACCGACGGCUUUCGGCAACAUUGGCAUCUUACUUUGCUUUGUCGCCGGCUCAUAUUUUGAUUGGUCCCAAUUAGCUUUCCUUGGUGGUGCGUUACCUGUACCAUUUUUGAUUCUUAUGUUCCUCAUACCAGAGACACCACGUUGGUAUAUCUCACGUGGACGUGAAGAUCGUGCACGGCGUGCCUUGCAAUGGCUACGCGGUAAACAAGCUGACGUUGAGCCAGAAUUAAAUGGUCUUUUGCGUACACAGGCACAUGCCGACAGACACUCAUCAGGCAAUCAAUUAGUAGAGUUGUUAAGACGGAACAACUUGAAGCCUCUAUCCAUUUCUUUGGGUUUGAUGUUUUUCCAACAGCUUAGCGGUAUAAAUGCUGUCAUCUUUUACACAGUAAUAAUAUUCCAAGAAGCUGGUUCCACCAUUGAUGGUAAUUUGUGCACAAUUAUUGUGGGUAUAGUGAACUUUAUUGCAACAUUUAUGGCAACCGUACUCAUCGAUCGGCUCGGACGUAAGGUAAAAGGAAAUGCCCACACUAUAUUUGAAGACAAUAAUUUUCUAACGGUUUGUUAUUCACUCAUUGCUUUCGCAGAUUUUGCUCUGUACGAAUAA